AUGGAUGUCGUUGUUCCUUUGAGUCAGAUGGACAACACUGACCACCAAACAAAAAAAGCAGAAGACGACACGGCAUCACAGUCACAAGAACCGGAAAAACCCUCCAGAUUGACGCUUGCUGUAAUUUAUGCUCAAAAUACGACGGCCCAUGGUUUGGCUAACACUGUCAAUGCUGGUACACUACACAAGCGCCUGUUUUGGAUACUGACUUUCAUAAUAUGUAUGGUAACGCUGGUUGUACAAGCGCAGUCGGUGAUCAGACUGUAUCUAAGUUAUCCCAAGGCAGUCUCAGUGGAGAUAAAGAGCCGCUCCAAACUCGACUUCCCAGCUGUCACGGUGUGCAACCUGAACAUGGCCAGGGUAUCAAGGUGGAAUGGAACAAGAUUUCAAGAGCUUCUGGACGUUGAUAGAAUGCAAUUUGACAUUGACGAAUGGUUUUCGGAGAACCUAGGAAGCUCGGAUGCCCCGGAACCUGACACGUCUACCCAAGCAGAUGUACCUAUAAACGCGACAUCGUCGGGUGAUGCACCCGUAAACACGACAUCGUCAGGUGAUGCACCCGUAAACACGACAUCGUCAGGUGAUGCACCCGUAAACACGACAUCGUCAGGUGCUAGAAAACGACGUGCGGUUGUUGCUAAACACCCAGUUACUGAUUUACUUGGUCAAGGAACACUGUCGGAAUUCUUGAAGACCCUCGGACCUGGUUUACAGUCGUCAUGGAUUCGUCAGUACGCCAAAGAAAAUGUCAUAACACGGCCCAAACGAAAUUCAGGAAACGAUAGUGAAACGUCUGAAACAGAUGGUUCGGACGACACGGAUAAUGGAAAUAGCGAAGGAAGCGAAAUGGGAAGCGAAAGAGGAAGCAUGGGAUUCUAUGCUUCUGACGAUUACGACGAUUUUUCAAGCAAUGCAUUUAUGGACUAUGGGCUAGGUGGUACGAAUCCUAACGACUGGAGUACUUUUUAUACGAAAUCAAGCACAGACGAUUUCUCUGAUCUUCGCGCUGCUUUGCGUAUGACCCAGGCGGAAAUCGAAGAGUAUGGUGAAAGGGCGGAAGAUUUCAUUGUUCAGUGCUCAUUCGACAGAUCAAGCUGCUCGUCGAAGGACUUUACCGUAUCUCAGAAUGACGUUUACGGGAAUUGCUUUACGUUUAAUGGGAUAACCGGCAAUAAAACCAGACGUACUACGAAAGCAGGGGAGCAAUACGGCUUGAAAUUACCACUGUAUGUGUGUACCGUUACAUGCUUGAAAUUAACACCGUAUGACUGUACCGUUACAGGCUUGAAAUUAACACUGCUUGAAAUUAACACUGUAUGUUCGAUGGCUGACGAAUACGUAGGAUUGUUCACUCAACAAGAAGGAGCGCGAGUCGUGGUACAUCCGGGUAGCCUUUACCCGGUACCUGAAUCAGUUGGACUCACGGCGGGUGUUGGACAGUCGCUGUCGAUAGGAUUAAAGAAGAAAGCCAUUGAGCGACUACCUAGUCCUUGGGGAAAGUGUUUGAACAAUGAUGAAGACAAAACAAGACCUGGAUUCAAGUACUCAAAAUUAAACCAUCUACUAAAUAAAACAGCUGGAAAAAACACCACAACUGCUGAGUUCAUGAAAGUAAUGAAAGAACUGGACUCAAUUAAGAGAAACUUUGCAAAGGUACAGGUAUAUUUUGAGGAUUUGAAUGUGGAAACAAUCACUGAGGUCAAAGCUUACCAGGAGGAGAACAUGUUGGGAGAUCUUGGAGGAACUAUGGGUCUUUUCCUCGGUAUGUCCGUCAUAAGCAUCAUGGAGUUUGUGGAGUUCAUCUUGUCACUGUGCGGCAUACUGAUUAAACCUGCAAGCAAGACGAGCAAAAAAAUGCGGGAACGGUCGGACUCUUACGCACCAACAUCCUAA